AUUAGGGUCUCAACAUUUAGGGGAGAGAACCUAGAUGUGAGCAGGACUUUUUAAAUUGACUCAAAACUUUCCGACGUGAAGGACGUGUUUUGGUGUUUCGUGAGCUAAGUUACGUUCUUGUUAAACUUUCAUCUUAAUAUAAGCAGGAAAUUAACGUGGUAUUGUAGGAGAGCCAUUAGUGUUAUUAUGUGAGUAAAAAUACAAAUACUGUGUUUUCGUGUUGGAAAGUUAGUUACCGCUUAUUGUUGAUUAAAUAUAGCGUAGAGUUGAUAUUGUGUUUAUUGCAUCAGAAACAAAAAACAAAGAACACGAGCGAGUUUAUGAGUCUUCCAAUAGAUAGCUCAACGAAAACGAUGAAUGACGAUAUGAAGUGAAGUAUGUUAAACAAACAGUGCUUUCAUCGAGAUGAAAAUUGGUUUAAUAAUAUUGUUUAAAUGUACUGGUACUAAUGCGUGAUUUGAGACAACUUGUGUGACCAGUCACAAAAAGUAUUAUUGUGUAUGAAUAUCACAUUCUUUUUAAUAAAAAGUAUACGAGCAAAAUGUUGAAGUGGACGAUUCAAAAACGAUCUGAACCAGUCAGGAAGAACGUGCAUCCACAAAACAAAUUAUUAUUACAACAGCGACACAAUGCACGACGUUCUUUGGGAGCGUUGAGCGAGUGUAUAACAGCAGUUACUACGAAUAGCAACACAAUCGGUGGAUCGAGAAAUAAAAAGGCCCGUCUAUCAUUAGGAGGUGUAAUCCACGUGGCAUGUACGAAUUAUGACAAAGAAAACCAAUGCAUCACUUCGACUCCUCAUCCUACCAUUGGACGUGCUGCGUCAGGAUCACCAUAUUCGAUGGCACUACGAGAUGUAAGCAAUAUUACUCCGAAUACAACACCUUGUCGCCAAUCAAACACAACACCCCUAGCCCGUAAACGAGCGUUACCAGUUUCUCCAGUAUCCGUAUCAUUUAAUCAAAAAGAGCAAAUGGAGAAUAUUCGUGAAACGUAUGCUACUACGUUGCCAUCUUUUGAUAUUGAAUAUUCUCCUUGUGGGGUAAAAAAUGUUCCUUUCUUAGCGCUCCGUGGGCUGGCAUUGACUGAAUACGACAAACCCGGUCGUUACUUUCCUGCGGACGAAAAGGCGCCCACACCGAAAAAAAUCAAAGCUAUCGUGAAACCAAUGCUCAUCGAUAACUUUUCCACAGAGUGUGUAGAGGACAAUCUGAAUCCAUGUUUGACUCCUUUGUCAUCAAAAAUGUCUGAAACACGUUGUAGUAAAACGAAUUACAACCGAACUUUUUCAACCGUUAACAAAACGGCUAAUGUUUUUCUACUGCCAUCCGCACCACCCCCAUCAUCAUCGGGCAUAGAGAAUAUUGAAAAUACUGAGCUAUCACUAAAAUCUUCAGAAAUGGGAGACUUAACUCUCGAUAAGAUGAUUGAUGAUAUACUCGAAAGCGCAAAAAAGGAAAAUCAUUGGACAACACAACGACCGAAUCGAUCACUGAGUGUCAAAUCAAAACUAUCAAAACUAUCAUCUCCGACCUAUACACCUGCAGAUGAUCCAGCUGCUGAUCUGUAUCUCGAGCAAAGCCUUCCUCUCCAGAUGCUUCGACACGACAGAGAAACUACAAUAAUUAACGAAGAAACCAGUAAAAUGAAUGAGCGAGAGGUAAAAACUCCAGAUAUUAAACACGAAAAGUUAUGCAGCACUGUUACCAACAUAUCGAAGGCUGAUUACACACGUCAAUCUAUUACUAAAUACAUUAGCGCUAGCCCGCUCGAGACUGCGUGCCAUUUACGUCGUCAAAAGGCGGUUCGAAGGAAGCAUAAGCUUGAAGCUGGUAACAACGAUGCAAUACUGUAUGCAAAUACGAACGAGAAUAGGCUAGAUAACAAUCAAAUCACAAGCCCUGAAACACCUGACAUCCCCUGCAAUCAAUCGAAAUUUAUUCAAAUAAAUGAAAUGAAAACUCCGAACCGCAAUGAUUACCAAGGACUCGAACAAGAAAAUCCCCUGACUCAAUUAAAAUUGUCAGCUAACACAACAUCAGACAUCCGCCCUAUCGAUCUGCAGGGCACCUCUACUCCAACAGUAGGGUCUAUAGAAAUCAGCCGAAAAUGUCUAAAUUUUUCUCCAACUCUCGGCGAUAGCUCGAUAGAAAAAAGGCGUUCGGUAACAUCCACGACAAGUUCCCGUUAUUCUAGAACGAGUACUCUCACAGGUGCAAGUUCCGUUCGAGGAACUUUGGAACUAAGUAUUUAUCUGGAGCCAGAUCGACGACUACAUGUACACGUUAUUCGGUGUAAAGAUCUGCAACGCAAUUGUUUCCCUGGUAGUACAGCUAUUAACAACGUUAUCAAUGCGUACGUGAAGGUGGCACUAAUUCAUAUAGGAGACACUAAUCAAACAAUAGAAAAAGAACUAGGGUUUCAACGAACAACUGUACAUCGGAACUCAAACAAUCCAUACUAUGAUCAGCGUUUUAUCUUCGAAAUCUAUCCCAAUGAUGAACGACGAAUUCAACUAGCCGUGUGGCAUCGUGAUCGUGACAUCAAACGUAGUGAAUUCCUUGGAUGUACGUCAUUCCCAAUAAAAAAUGUUACUGUACAGGACAUUAAUGGAGCAUAUCGCUUGCAGCCGCAAUCUUGUUUGACGAACCCCACAACGCCAAUAUUAGAAACAAUGUGCGAAAACUCUGAAUCUAGCAUGGAGGAACUAAUCAAUAAUGAGGAUAACAGCAGUGCAAAGGCAACGAGCAUAAACACUUCUACAACGGUAUCUUUGACCACAGGUGCAAUUUUAGGAAACAUCGGUCAUAAUGGUGAAGAAAUCAGUCUGAGUAAAAAAGCAAUUCACCAGCGCGAUGCAGAUGAGAAUCUGUUUUUACGUUUUCUGGAACUUGAUCCAUCUCCUGAUGCAACAUCAAAUAAUGCCAUUGUUGGUCAACAGGUACCGACUACGCCUCGGCGCAGCUCGAUCAGUACGUGUGGGUCAAGCAAACCAACAGCAGGUACAACCAAUUCCUCAGGACGAACGCCGUUUACAAUUACCAAGCGAUUGACGCGAAUGGGCGAUAGAGGCUUCGGAUUUUCUAUCGUAUGGACUCAUCCUCCUCGAGUGGAAAAAAUAGAAACAGGAUUGUCAGCGGACAGGGCUGGAAUUUUGCCGGGUGAUUAUGUGGUUUUUGUUGAUAAGCACAAUGUAGUAACAAUGCCAGAACAAGAUGUGCUAAACUUAAUCCGGACCCAAGGAAAUACGCUGCUUUUGGAGAUUUUUAGACGUCCUCAGUCAGCAAGUGGCCCACAGCUUUCAAAUCGCACUAAUGGUGUACGUAAUAUGUCAUCUGGGCAAACAUCGAUAUCGAACCAUGGAGGAAUGGUUAACAGCACAGGGAACAUCACUUCUUUCAACGUAUCAUCUAGUAGUGCUCAUGUACAGGCAGAUGACGGUGAACCGUUUGCAUCCCCGUCUCCGUUCGGUGUAGCACGAUCAUCUACCGUGUGUUCCAAUACUUCAGUUGAAAUCGCUAAACGGAAGCUUCAUCUUCCACAGGUUACCUUUAGCAAAGAGUCAAUUGUCCAGCAGUACCCUGACGAUCAUCGCCGAAAGUUCCUUUACCAGCUUAUCAGCCGUGAGCAGCACUUUAUUAAUGCCAUUAAUUUUGGUAUUGAGCGAUUUGUCAAUCCACUACGCGAGCGAAAAGACUUAAUUUCUCCAAAUGAUCACAAAAUAUUGUUUCAGAAUAUUGAUGAGUUAUCUCAAAUAUCAGAGGAUAUUCUAGAGCAAAUAAUUCAAGAUGACACCGAACCACAAAUCCAUUUUGCUUCGCGCGUUUAUCUGUCCAAAAAUACAGCACUUUGUGCGGCUUACAGGAAGUAUUGCAAUGGAUUGAAGAAAGCUGAUUGUGUGUUGGUCAAUAAAUCAAGAAAUUCUAUCUGUGAUUUUAUGAAAUUCAUUACGGAGCCACCGGUACCACGAAAACGUCCAGAUCUAACUACGUUCAUUCAUCGCCCGCUGCAGCAUUUUAGAGAAAUUUUAAAAUUAGUGCAAAUGAUAGCGUCCCAUUGUCGUGUAGAUAGCGAAGAACAUGCUAAUUUUAAUAACAUCAUAAGUGAGUUACAGAUUGCGUAUCGCGAGAUAACUGUAGGUGGCGGGCUCAUGGAACCAAUCGGUGAAGGUCGUCCACUAUUGACUCUUCAGGAUCUAGAAGCAAGAAUGGUGUUCACAAAAUGUAAACCUUUUCAAUUGGCAUCGCACGGACGGCAGUGGAUUUUUGGUGGAGAUCUAUCCCGUAUCGACGGUCGUUCAGUAAAACCCUACUGGACACUUCUGUUCAGUGAUAUUCUGUUGUUUGCAAAAGUGAGUCGUGACCGUGUACUUUUUAUCACGGAGGAACCGAUUACACUUUCAACGAUUACUGAUUCCUGUUUUAAUAUUCGUAAAAAGAAUACGGAAUUUCGUAUUACUAUAGAUCCCAAUGCCAGGCAGAUUGAAAGUCCUACUGUACAUUGUGCACCUGACUUAACACGGACGCCAAAAAAUAACUUUAAAAAGAGAUAUAUUAGCCUCCGAGCCCCUUCGACCGAAUUGAAAGCUGUUUGGCAAAACUUACUUACAAGGCAAAUCUUUUUAGUAAAUGCAACACUCGGCUCAACUCCCAUGAGCAGUCCUUUAGACUCACCGGAUAUUUUACAGUCAUUCUUACCAUUUACCGAUAUUGGAACGACAGUUACCUCGGCAGCUUCGGUGAAGGUGGGAUCGUUGAGCAGCAUGCAGAUUAAAAAUCAACAGUCAGGGGUAAGCAAAGUCCCGAAGCGAGUUGAUGAGCUUAUCGAUGAGAAGUGUAGAAAGCUCAAUAAAACUGGUGUCCCGCAGGGUAGUGCUCUACAUUUGGCGCAAUGGAUGAAAGGGCAACUGAAUAAACAGAUAAUCGAAUCCGAUCCUAUAGAUUCCGAUCCCGAGCAAUUGCUAGAAGACUGGUCGGUCGAACAAGUGACUAACCGAUCCAAAGAAUUAAACCUGGUUAAUUCUGACGGAAGCCCUUUUAGAUCUGCUCCCCGCUACAAUGGCUCCAUCAAUGGGACAUUGGUAAAAAAUAACAUGAUAAACGACCAGCCUUUAAUUGACGAUAAUUCGGCUUGUGAUGAUGAUGAUGAAGAUAAUAAAAGUGUUUCUAAAAGCACAACGUCCGACAGUCAGAUUACAGUAAGAUCAAGUCCGUUAAGCAAUAAACUAGACACAAUAUCAAUGUGCCGACAGUGUCUCAAAAACUGUAAAAGCCGUUUCAACUCACCAAGCACCAACUCUUUGAUAGUUCAACACAGUCAUUGUACUUCAUCAAAUCGUUGCUGCGUGUCAAAUUCAACCACCGGAAGCAGUCUAAAUAAAACUAUCAAUUCUACAUCUAGUAUAUCCUCUUCAAGCACAUUAACCAUGCCAGGCAGACUGAAUGCUGGAUGUUCGAAUCAUGUUGAGUGUGCUAAAAAGAUUCAAACAACAGAAAAUAAUGAACACAAACAAAUUGCAAUUAACGACAGUUACAAAACAGUGUGUCAAACUCCAUGUGAUUGUAAGUGUACGCCAAAAGAUUUUGAAAAAAGUACUCUGAGUCCAGAUGAUUGUUUGCAUGAACGAGUUGAAAUAUUAGAAAAUGUUUGUAAUGACAGCUCCAGAAAUGUAAGCAUCCAGCAAGUCAAAAAAAACCCAACAAUAAUUAAUGGUUUUCCUUUCAACGGGUUUCCCUUCAAUCCAUCGUUAAAGGAGCGAAAUGCUCAGGAGUCAUGCAAUCGUGAUGUGAACAAGAUUGAAGACAACGUCAAUAAAAACGACGAUACGACAUGGUCAUUGAUGGGUUUGAUUGGUCUGGCGCAGAUAAAUCCAACAUCAUCUUUAGUACAGAUGGAUCCCUUUGAAGUAUUACCAACUAUCGCUGUUGUACCUCCGACACCAGAUUUCGGAUACAACCAGGGUUGUAUACGAAAGCCCAUGUUGCCGUGGACAACCAUUGAAAGUAAUCAUCUGCAGUUAGCUCCGAAUACUCUAAGUGUAACAGAAAAUUCCGAACUUGUUCUCAACGAAGAAUAUUCAACAGAUAAUUCACCUGAAGACGAAAUAGUUGAACCACCGUACCGUGCUUUGAAUCCUAGUUUAAAACGUUACGGUACUAUAUCAAGCCUGGAACGUGUACCUUCAGAGGAUACAGAUGAUAACAAAACGUUCUCUUCAGAUGAAGAUUCGGAGUGUGACAUUAAAAUUGUUACAAAAGAGGUUUACGACAAUAACACGCAAACCUUUUUGAAUUGGACAGCUAGAGCUGGAAACUUCAUAGAAGAAUCUCGAGCUUUCAUUGAUCGAUAUCUUGGCAGACGAGACAAUAGUACUGAAGAAGUGGAGGCUAACAAUAACGAUUGGGAUAAAUGCCGCGAAAAACGAGUGAGUGAACAUGCCUCCAGCAUUGGAGGUGAUGAAGAGGAAGCAUUCGAAGGCGAAACAUCAGCAACCUCCGGAGAGGAAGUUUGGGGCACUCCUACCAGUGGUGGUGAAAAUGAUGAUAUGCAGAUAUUUGGAAGCAUUGAGCAAACGCAUUCGUCUCCAACUAAGUCAUCAUCGUCAAAUACUGGCGAUGAUGACACUGAGUUAAUGAUGGAUGAACUUUUAAUGGCACCUCCAAUGACAGCAAGUGCGGUUCGUGGACUUUUACCAAGACGAAAACUUGAGCCUUUGUUCGAAGAAGACAGCGAGAGCAGCGAAUCCGAUGACGAUAGUAAACCACUCAGCGGUCGAGAUAACCAGGGGCAAGCUACGCAAAACAAUCCUCCAGUUUAUGCGGAUUUAAACGAUUCCACCGGUACGGGUUCGGUAAGUACGACUCCGUCUUCAACCCUACUGGCGGAGAAGAGCGAGACGAUAAAAACUACUACUCCCGAAGAAAACUAUGGGAGUGUUGCUGACAGAUGUUAUGCAUUUGUACAACUUCCGAACAUCGAGAAACCAUGUGCAAGCGAUACCGCACAUUACGACAACAAGGUAAAAGCAACAGUCGGGCUCAGUCCCAGGCUCGAGAUGCGUCUGGCGCUAAAUCACGACAUUCUCGGAGACGAAGAUCUACUCACGUACAGCCCUGGACCAGAGCUGACGGAAAUUCUCGGACGCGACCUCUCCACAUACCAUCCGAUGAGGGAGAAAGACAUUAUCAUGAAUCGUAUCGUGACGCGAGUGAGCAGUUACAUGAACAUACAAACAAUAGCAUCGGCUUCCACGGUCAGUUCAACGAACGUAGUGGAAUCACAGGUACCCACCACCAGCCAAGCUAUGAGAAACGGAAUGAGCUCAUUAUAUCAGCAAAACAAUUCAAAGAUGGAUACUCCUAUAUUGCAUCGACGAAAACCUAUCGUCCCAGCUAUUUGGAGCAGUUUUGGAUCUGCGGAUCGAGAAGAAAGGACUCUAUCGGACCUGGAACGUUUAGCGAGGCGGGAGAAAGUUUACUGCAUGACGCAACUCAACCACAACGAUUCUCAACUCAAACGAGUAGCUAGUUUCAAUGCUACACAGAAACAAACAAACAAGCUAAUCAACUUUCUAUACCGGCGUAACUCAGAAAAUCAAAUAAACGGAUUUUCUAGCUCAAAGGAAAAUACACAAGAAAACGUCACGUGUUCGGUUCCGAGUCGCUUGAGCUCGCCUAGAAUUGAAACGGUAAAAUCGCUUGAUCGCAGGUUUUGGAAAUUAUUGAGCAAACGACGCCGUGGAAGUUUCCAAGGAGAACUUACAACUGGUGCAACGUAGGAUACUUUAAUCACUACACUAUUUCAUUUUGAUAUAUAAAUCACAGAUGUACUCUGCAUUGUUCUAGAUUCAAAUGAAUACUGCAAUAUGAGGGAUGCUCGGAGAGAAUUAAGCUCAAUUCUGAAAAAGAUCAAAAAAAUUAAUUUACUCAUUCUUAAAAUAUUAUCAACAUGAUUUUAAUAAAGUCUUUUUGUCAAAAAUUAGAAAAAAAAUUAUUGUAACGUAGGAAGUGCAUUGACUUUUUGCGAUAUUUUAGUAGAGGUGAUGCCCGGGUCCUGUUGCUGUAUUCUUUAGAAAUAAUAUAUAAAUGGUGAACAGUAUGCUGGCGAUCGUAUUUGGAUUUGAUCAAAACAUAAAUAAACAAGUCGAAAACAUCUUUUAGCAUUGCUGCAACAAAAAAGCAUAGGUUGCACGAAGUUUGAGUA